AUGAAGUUCUCCCUCGUCGCUCUCGCAGCCAUCGCGCCUAUGGUCUCAGCCCAUUAUUUCUUCGACACCAUCGUCAUUGACGGCAAGGAAGCUUCCGACUCUGUCCGGUCCAAUACCCGUCCCGCGAAGUACAACCCAACCAAAUGGGUCAACACCCGCGACGACAUGACCCCUGAUAUGCCUGACUUCCGCUGCAACAAGGGUGCUUUCACGCUCGCUGGCCAAACCGGUACUGCGGAGGUCAAGGCCGGAUCCAAGGUCGCCAUGAAGCUUGCCGUUGGUGCUACAAUGCAGCACCCUGGUCCUGCCCUGGUCUACAUGUCCAAGGCUCCUACCACCGCCAAGGAAUAUGAGGGCGAUGGCGAGUGGUUCAAGAUCCACCAAGAGAGUGUCUGCGACAAGAACAAGGACUUCACCAAGGAUGCCUGGUGCACUUGGGACAAGGACCGUAUUGAGUUCACGAUUCCUGCGAGUCUGCCUGAUGGAGAGUAUCUGAUUCGGCCGGAGCACAUUGGCGUGCACGGCGCCGCGGGUGGCGAAGCCGAAUUUUACUACUCCUGUGCUCAAGUCAAGGUUGUCGGUGGUGGCAAUGGAAUCCCCGGACCUACUGUCAAAUUCCCCGGUGCUUACAAGAAAGACGACCCUUCGUUUAACUUCAGUAUCUGGAACGGCUACAAGGAAUACCCUAUGCCUGGUCCGGAAGUCUGGACCGGCGAGUCGGGCUCUAGCGCUGCUUCUAAGGUGUCUAGCGGCAAUGGUGGUGCAGGUGCUGCUGCUACCUCCAAUAAGCCAGCUGAGGACACCUCUGACGACUUUACUCGUUGCGCACGCUCGUGCUUCCAGUACCUGUAA